AUGAAUGUCUUAGAAUAUUAUUCAAAAUCAAAUGAUGAUCCUGUGAUAACUCAAGGACGCAAGCCGUUGACCAUUAUGGACGGCAAUCUUCAAACCGACUUUUCUACGAAGACCAAGCGGGGCGUCUACGUCUCUAAAGGCCUCGCCUUCGUCAUCUUUGUUAUAUUCACUCUCGCACUCAUUGCUACAGCUUUCAUAGUAUAUAAUUUCGCAGCCUGCCCAAGGGCUGAUCAAUUAGCAAAUGUUACAAAAUUUGAACUAACACAUUGUGAACAAUCAAAGUUACAAGUGAUACCAUUAAGUACUGAGUCUAGCAAAAGUGAACUAGAGACUACGACUAGCCAUGACGAAUCGACUACGAAGGACGACGAAAACGCUGUAACUGAUGUGAGAUUGCCUACCAACAUCAGACCAGAUCGUUACUACAUUAAACUAACUCCAUACAUAUUCGAAGGCAACUUCACAUUCGACGGUGAAAUCAGUAUUAUUAUAACUGUUAAAAAUAAAACUGACAAAAUCACAUUUCACGGCGUUGAAUUGACAUUUCAUAGAAUAGAACUGUAUAAGAAAGAAGACGGGAAAGAAGUCAAGAUUAUCAGAAAGACAGAAGACGUUCCGCGGCAGUUUCAUAUUAUAACGACUGGGGAAAACUUAAUCGCGGGACAGCAAUAUGUUCUAAAUAUAAGUUACACUGGCAUAUUAAACGAUAAUCUUCAUGGAUUCUACAGAAGUUCUUAUGAAGAGAAGAAAGUCAAAAGAUGGAUAGCAGUGACGCAGUUCCAAGCGACGGACGCACGCCGCGCCUUCCCGUGCUGGGAUGAGCCUGCUCUGAAGGCUAAAUUCACGAUCAGUAUCGCACGACCCAACAACAUGACAUCGGUUUCAAAUAUGAAUAUUGUUGGUAAAGAAGCACAUAAAACACUAAAGGACUAUACAUGGGAUCACUAUGCGGAGUCGUUGCCGAUGUCGACGUAUCUCGUGGCGUUUGCCGUCACCGAUUUUGGGAAUAUGAGCGACAACAACUUUUCGGUUUGGGCUCGGAAGGAGGCCUUGCCCUCAGCGGCAUACGCUCUGGAAAUCGGCCCGAAGAUACUCAAGUUCUUAGAAGAAUAUUACAAAAUAAAGUUUCCAUUACCAAAAAUUGACAUGAUCGCCUUACCGGAUUUCAAGGCUGGAGCUAUGGAGAAUUGGGGAUUGCUCACUUUUAGAGAAAUAGCUAUGCUGUACGAUUACGGUGUGUCACCAACCACAGCGAAAGCUCGUGUCGCGGCCGUGGUAGCCCACGAGAUCGCUCACCAGUGGUUCGGAAACUUGGUUACCCCCGCGUGGUGGUCGGACAUAUGGCUGAACGAGGGAUUCGCUAGUUAUGUUGAAUACGUGGCAGUUGAUGCUGUAGAAAAAAGUUGGAAGUUGAUGGAAAUUUUCAUUCUCAACGAAGUUCAAAGCGUUUUCAAGCUAGAUGCUUUGACAUCUUCUCAUCAAAUAUCGGUAGAAGUUGGUAAUCCUGAAGAAAUUGGCGCCAUCUUCGAUAAAAUAUCUUAUGGAAAAGGUUCAGCAAUACUUCGAAUGAUGAAUCAUUUUUUGACUGAUGACGUUUUCAAUGCUGGCAUAACUGAUUAUUUGAACGCUAAGAAGUACGGAGAUGCGGAACAGCGUGAUUUGUGGAGUGCUCUAACAAACGCUGCAAGAGAAAGAAAUGCUUUUGAUGCUGAUGUUGCGGUUGUAAUGGACUCAUGGACAUUACAGACCGGUUUUCCGGUUUUGACUAUAACAAGAAAUUAUGAAAAAGGAUCAAUUACUUUUAGACAGGAAAGAUUUGUAUUAAUAAACGAUACUUUACAAGAACACAAUUCAUCAGUGUGGUGGAUACCAGUAUCAUAUACGACUGCUUCUGAAAAAGAUUUUAAAUCAACCCGUCCAAAGUUGUGGCUCAGAGGCGAGAGAUCAAUAGUCGUCAAUGAUAUUUCCAUCGGUGAAAAUGAUUGGUUCAUAGCCAACAUUCAGCAAACAGGUUUCUACCGUAUAAACUACGACCAGAGAAAUUGGCAAUUGCUGAUAAAAGUUCUAAGGCAUCCAUCGCAUUUCGAACAAAUCCAUCCGAUAAACAGAGCUCAAAUAAUCGACGAUGCUAUGAAUCUGGCUCUUUCUGGACGCCUCGAUUACAAAACAGCUUUAGAUAUAUCGAGUUAUCUGUACCACGAGAGAAGUUACGUUCCAUGGAAGGCCGGUCUUGUCGCAUUGGGCUACAUAGAUACGAUGCUGUCGAAAGGCGCGUAUUAUCUUGAAUAUAAGAGAUAUGUACUAACUAUUUUGAGUGGCGCUGUAGAAGAUCUUGGUUGGAACGUGUCGAAGAACGAGAGCGUAGUACGAGCACAACAAAGAGCUGAUCUCCUGUCUACAGCUUGUCAUCUUCAACAAGUGGGGUGCAUAGAGCACGCGGUUCGUUUGUACACCAACUGGAUGCUGACACCGAAUCCUGAUGCGUAUAAUGAGAUUCACGCAGAUAUUAGAAGUACGGUAUACUGUGUUGGAGUUCAGGCGGGAGGUGCAAGAGAAUGGAAUUUCGCUUGGAAUCGUUUCUUGGUCGCGAGUGCUCCUUCUGAGAGGGAACUCCUGCUUUCAGUGCUGGGUUGUACCAGGGAACCAUACUUGCUCUACAGAUAUCUUGACUUAUCCCUUCGAAACGACAGUGGGAUACGUAAGCAGGAUACUGUUAGAGUAUUUUCUGCUGUCGCUAGUUCUUCUAUUGGAGAACCGAUUGCUUUCAACUUUGUCAGAUCUAAUUGGCAAAGACUAAAAGAAUAUGUUGGAUCAGUGUCUACUCUGAACUCAAUACUUAAGGCUGUCACGAGAAGACUGAAUCAAGUUCACGAGUACGAAGAGCUGAAAAGAUUCAUCAGUGCAUCCUGCAGUGAUCUCGGUCGACCAGUUCAGCAAAUUCUUGAACGAACUGCUGCCAAUGUUCAGUGGAUGGAAAGGAAUUAUCAAACAAUUGUCGAUUGGCUAUUGGAAAUGGACAAAUCAUCACCAAAAGUUAAAAUCGCGUGAUGAGUACAACCUAUCAACUUUUUUAUAAGUGAAAAAAUAUCCUAGUUAAUAUGUACCUUGGCCCUAGACUAUGUUACGAUACAAUAUGAAAUUAAUUUUAGAUAAGUGGAAAUCGAUUGAGCUAAUACAGAUAGGUACAACUAAAGAACGUUCGAGUCUUAUCCAUACCUAUCGUAAGAAGUUGUAUUUCGUUAUGUAAUUAUAUUUAACCAGUACCAUUUCGUUUAUUCAAUAAAAAAUUGAUGAAUUUCGUAAAACUGUUUAGUUGUCAAAAUAUAAGUAUAACGUGUUAUGUUACAGCAUGAAAAAUAGAACCAAAAACUUUCCAUUCGAAACUCAAAGUAAUAAAACAGAAAAUAGAUUUUUUGUUUUGUUUAAAACGAUUAGAAUAAUUAGUCACAUGAACUCACAAGUGUUAGUUGAAUGUUGAACAUAGAAUACCUACUUUAUAUAUGGUUUUAAAACCGAUCGAUCAAUCCUAUAUUUGGAAACUAAUGACAGCUACCCCUGAAAGUUAAUGAAUGAAAGAUUUCGACAAACAUCUUAAGUUUCUUUUGCUUACAUUUUUAUCAUUGGAAGUCAAUAAUAUAUGAAGUUUUCUGAUGAGUUAAUAUUAGCACUUAAAAUUUUCAAUAUGGUGGUUUUUUGUAACAAAUACAUUUUAAGAUUUUGUAACAACGUUUUAUUGGAUGAACGAUGGAUAGUGAAAUAUUUUUAAAAUAUGUUUUAGGCUAUAUUUGUAUCUGAGUGAUGGUUGAGUGGAUUCAGAUGUAAUACAGAUGUUAUCAAACUAGUCUAAAGAAUCUCUGAUUAUUAUGUAUAAUCUAUUAUAAUAUAAAAUUUAUUGCAUUAUCAACGAGUGAAUUAUUCGUUAUUAAUUUAAUACCGUACUAUUAUUAUAAAAAUUAAUAUUUUUGCCUUUUAAGCUAUUUAUGUUAACUUUUAUUGGGAGAAGCGUACCGUAAAUUUUUUGAUAAUUGCUAUAUUUAUACUUUUGAGUUAUGAUCAAUUGUGUCCUAGAAGGCGAAUAGAAAAAUAAUGUUUGAGACAUUUGCUAUUACUGACAAAAAGUCGAAACAUUUGUGAGGAUGUUUGUUGUAAAUCUAAAAUAAAUAAAAAUACUACUUAAAA